AAGAAUCAUCUCGCUUCCUGUGUGUCUCUGUUGACAACAAGCCGCGGCUAAACUGAGCUUCCCGUCCAAAUUCAUAAUUUCAUAAUGUCCACGGAGCAAAGACAAAAUGUGUUUAGUGUUUUUACAUAUAUGUAAUCACACGCAUGCGGGUUUUUCAGCAUAAACAUAAAAGUAAGGGCUAGAACAGCUAAUGCUAACUGUGAUGCUAACAGCGGCUAGCGGGUUUCUGGGCGGCGGGUACCCGGAUGUGUGUGUUUGAAGCGCCGCGGAGCCGCCAAGGACAUGCCGCAGGUGUGUUCACCUGCCCCGCGUCACGCCUGACCGCCGCGGGACGAUGGCUGCCUGGCCUCAGCGAUCAAUAAUCGAUCCGGAUCAAAUGCCUUAAACGCCUCUCCGCCUGCCUUGCACAAGAGCAGAGAACAAGAUGCUGCUGAAGAUGCCUCAGAAGCUGCUGAAGACGGCUCACUACAUCGAGCUGGGCAGCUACCAGCACUGGCCGGUGCUCAUUCCCCAGAGAAUCCGGCUCUACACCUACGAACAAAUCCCCGUGUUCCUCAGAGAAAACCCCUACAUCACCGACGGCUACAGGGCGCACCUGCCCUCCAAACUCUGCCUGAAGAGCAUCUUCAUCCUGUCCAAUGAGACGGUGAACAUCUGGAGCCACCUGCUGGGCUUCCUGCUCUUCUUCUCUCUGGGGGUCAACGACCUCUCCACCGUGCUGCCGGCCUCCGGGGCGCACCGGGACGACUACGUCAUCUACGCCAUCGGGCUCUUCUGCUUCCAGGUGUGCAUGCUGUGCUCAGUCGGGUAUCACCUGUUCUCGUGCCACCGGUCGGAGAAGACGUGUCGCCGCUGGCUGGCGCUGGACUACGCCGGCAUCUCUGUGGGCAUCCUGGGCUGCUACGUGCCCGGCAUCUUCUACGCUUUCUACUGUAACGCCUUCUGGCGGCAGGUCUACCUGGUGACCGUUCUCUCCUUGAUCCUGGCAGUCUUCUGCGCCCAGGUCCACCCUCGUUACCUCAGCAACGACUGGCGCCGCCUGAGAAUGGCGCUCUUCUGCUCUGUGGCCGGCUGCAGUGUGGUCCCCGCCUGCCACUGGGUCUGGCUCAACGGGGGAUUCACCUCCGACGUCGUGCAGCUGUUCCUGCCUCGUGUGAUGGUGAUGUACCUGAUUGCUGGAUCUGCCUUCAUGUUCUACAUCACCAAGGUCCCUGAACGCUACUUCCCCGGCCAGCUGAACUACCUGGGUGCCAGCCACCAGGUGUGGCACGUGCUGGUGGUGUUGAUGUUUUAUUGGUGGCACCAGACGGCCGUGCACAUCAUGCACUUCAGGCUCAGCCGGCCCUGCCCCGCCCAGACCGGCAGCGGCCAGCACUGACGCCUGGAGCCUGAGAGUGUGUGUGUGUGUGUGUGUGUGUGUGACGUUCAGGGUCACGGCGGUGGCACACAGCGCGUCACAGCGGACACAGCCGCCACACAGCUCAUCGCUAACGGUCAAAGCCUCUGUUGGCUGCCGAUGUGGGACUGGGAGUUUCAGCGAGCCGUUAGUUGCUUCUCUCCCCUGGCCAGCCGAUAAAAAUAUAAUCUGUGGAUCUCGUAAAUGUUUAAUCCAGUAGGUCACCUAACUGUGUCUGAAAGCAAAGACGCUAAAUUGUUAGCUGCUAGACUUGUAGCAGAGCCGUUUGCAGCGGGCAGAUCGGCUCGGUGGCUGUAGUGAUGAUGAUGAUGUCGUCUUCAGUCAGUCACACACUGAUCGUAAGAGAUGGAUUAUAGCAGAGCAGGAAUUUAAUCUCAGCUCCUCUGACUGUCCUGUUAGCUCGCGGCUCGCCUCCCGGGUCCCAGGCCAGCUGAUCUUUAGAUUUUGGGGCUUUUACGUCUCACAGCUCCUCAGUAUUUAUGGAAGUUACUGUUCCAUGUUCGCUGUCAGAACUUUGUAGUUAGAGUAGAGAAAAGCCUUUAGGGGAAACUGGCCAGACGUUUUCUGUCACUGGAGUCUUUGUGUCUUGCUUUUAGGACAUAAACUAUAAUUUAAUUCUAAUUGGAAAUUACUUUCUCUUUUGUUGUGUGUGUUUGAUCCUGAACACAGAAGCAAGCAGGCGUCCAUCAGGAUUCAACAUUCAAGAACAUUCAAAAUAAUUUUGCCAGUGUUGUUUUAUCCGUGGGUUCUGAGGCAAGUAUGAACGUCCAGGUCCAGUGUGGAAAACAAAACAAAAUUAUGAUAUAUAUCUAUAUAUGUAUACUCCUAUAAAUGUAUCACCAUCAUACUGUGAAUUGCCCGUCCUGGAAGAAACAGAGCACCCCUGUGUGUUUUGAUAAAUUUGUAGCUAAUAGCUAAAAAUGUAAAAACAGAUAACAGUCAACCUGCAGUAGGAGACGAAAUGCAAAAACGGAAAAACAGAAAAUGUUUCGAGGCCCGUCUGAAACCACAGUGUUUCUGUUCUUUAUGAUACUUGAAAAGCUUCGUGUCUUCUUGCCUCGGCGUUGUGAUCCGUCUCUGGCACAAAGUUCCUGACGAGCACAGAAAAAAAGUGCUUUGAUAUUCCUUCUAAAGUGGCACAACAGGAGCCGACUGCAGCUGCACGAGGCCGGAUCAACCUGUGAAAAAUCAGAUCCCAAAGUGGAGCUUGAAGCAGAGAAAAGCCUCCCAUUUAGAUUCAGAAUCAGCAUCAGAGACAUUUUAUUGAUCCCUGCAGGGAAACUGUAAUUUCACAGGGUUAGGGUCAUUGUUUUUUUCUUCAACCCCAACAGAUUUCUGGGUAAUGAAGUCCAAAAACGUCAGAGCCUUCACACAUGGAGGAGAGUUACUGCACAGUAAUCUAAUACUGGCACCACAGUAUUUUGAUGAAACAUGAUCAAAUCAACAUUUUGGACGCUUAGCAACAGGGUCGACUCACAUGCUGUAUUGUAUUAUUAUUGUAUUACUAAUGUGUGUGUUUGUGUGUGUGUGUUACAUUGCUGAAAUAAGGCCAAGUACUUUCAACUGUUUUUUCAAGUUUUAACAUGGUUUUUUUUUUUUGUUUUUUUUUUUUUUGUCUGUACUGUAUUUGCCUUAUUUUCUUUGAGUGUAAAAACGUUACAAUCGUUUUCUUCCAGCGGGGAGGUGAAAUGUGAGUUUGUUCAUGACGAAUCAGAAACUGUGGAACUCAGACUAUCAUCCUCGCCGUUCACCACGCGGCCAGUAUAAACUGUAUUUUUUAAUCUUCAUAUCUCAUGGUUUAAUGUUUGUGAGAGAUGCAUGGCUGAGAGCACUGAGAUCGAUGCAGAGCUGGAAAAAUCAACUCUUAAUGUUUUUGCCUUUGACUCUGUAUGAUUUUACGUUUUUGAACACGGCCUUUUCUUUUACCAUCGUCUGAGCGACCUCUCGUGGCCGGUUUGUUGUUUUCUUGUUUGUGUGUCUCAUGUUGUUUGUCUGGAAAAGGUUUCAGAGCACGGUGGGCCUUUCUGUGUUGGAAUGCCGGCACUGAUUUAUACAGUGUAUUAUAUUUAUUUCAGUGCCUCUGUAAAAAUAUAUUUUUAAACAUUUUCAACAAAUAAAGAAUGC